AUGGACAUAAGCUUUAAUACUCUGAAAGAAAAACUUUGUACUGCACCAAUUCUUGUUUUUCCAAAUUUCGAAAAACCUUUUGAGAUAGAUUGUGAUGCUUCCAUUGUUGGAAUUGGCGCCGUUUUAUCACAAGAAGGUCAUCCUAUAACAUAUCACAGUGAAAAGAAUUCAGAGACACAAAAGAAGUGGUCUACCUAUGAAUUGGAGUUACUUUCUCUUUUCCAAGAUCUCAAGAAGUUUGAAUGGACAGAAGCAAUGGACAUAAGCUUUAAUACUCUGAAAGAAAAACUUUGUACUGCACCAAUUCUUGUUUUGCCAAAUUUCGACAAACCUUUUGAGAUAGAUUGUGAUGCUUCCAUUGUUGGAAUUGGCGUCGUUUUAUCACAAGAAGAUCUCAAGAAGUGGCAUACGUAUCUGAUACAUAGAGAAUUUAUUGUCAAUACUGACAACCAUGCACUGAAAUUUUUGAAUACUUCUGCUAAAGUUAACAGAAUGCAUGAUCGAUGGCUAGAUACAAUCAACAAAUACACUUUCUCUGUGAAGCACAAAAGUGGUAAGUUAAAUCAAGUUGCAGAUACUUUAAGUAGAAGACGACAUCUAUUAACCACAAUUCGUAUUGAGAGUUUUGCAUUUGAUUACAUCAAAGAUAUUUAUCCUGAAGAUGAAGAUUUCAGUAAAUUAUGGAACCAAUGCAGUUCUCAAAAUCAUAGAGUUGAUGAUUUUAUCAUACAAGAUGGCUUUCUCUUUAAAGGUAAUCGUUUAUGUAUUCUAGAAGGUUCUUUAUGCUUACAUCUUAUGCGUGAAUUACAUGGAAGUGGUCUUGGUGGUCACUUCGGAAGAGAUAAAACCAUCGCACUUGUUAAAGAAAGAGGUAAUGAUUCUAUAAUGAUCGUAGUUGAUCGUUAUUCUAAAAUGGCUCACUUUAUUGCCUGUAAAAAAUCCACCGAUGCUUCAAAUGUUGCUGCCUUAUUCUUCAAAGAAAUAGUACGCUUACUCGGAGUGCCAAAAUCCAUCACUUCUGACAGAUAUACUAAGUUCUUAAGCUACUUUUGGAAGACUCUAUGGAUGCGCUUGGGGACUGCCUUACAAUUUAGGACCACUUCACAUCCACAAACCGAUAGCCAAACAGAAGUAGUGAACCGUUCACUUGGUAAUCUCAUUCGAGCUAAGUGCAUGGACAAUAGAAAGCAGUGGGAUAUAUUACUACCUCAUAUGGAGUUUGCUUUCAAUACCUCUAUCAACCGUUCUACAUGA